AUGGCAGCUGAAGUUAUCUCGGCCCAGAAGAAGAGGGCAUUGGAGGCACUGGAACGAAGGUUCUCUGCUUCUAAACCCGAAGUCCCCCAGAAGGCAUAUGAAAAUAAGAAGAAGAAGAAGAAGAAGGAUAAGGAGAGAGUGCAAAAGGACGAAGAAAUAGAAGAAAAAAGUAAAGGAAGGGGAACUGAAAAGGCUUCCACUUCUGCCCCGGAUCCUGGCCCAGCUCUGAAGAAAGGUUCUUCAACUGGCUCGAUUUUUCUUUUCCCUUUACUGACAUCUCUCAGAUAGUUUUCAUUAGCACAAUGUGUUGCAAAUUUUUAUCAAUAAAUAGAUAAGAUACUUUUCUAGGAAAGUCAACUCUCCAGAUAUCUGAGCUGAUCAAUGAUUGUAUAAGUUUGGCCUCAAAUAAUGAAGAAGAUAGUGCCAAGGUAGAUGUUGCACGCCAUUAGGUGCACUGGUAGUGGAGAUCUUCACAUGAAGAUGUUAAUUAGAUUUUGUGACAAGUUUUUACAGAAUUUGUGCUAUUAGUCGGUAAUGAAUGAUAGCAUUGACUAAGAAUAAGUAGUAGCAUUUAGCUAUGUGUCUCAUCUUUUAUAUCUCGAGGAUGAUAGCUCAUUCACCGAGUAGUUUAUUUUCCAGAGUUAUAUAUGGGGCUUUCAAAUAUUUGGAUAUUUUAAACUAAGUUCCAUUACUCUUUUUUAUAGGUAAUUUUGUAUUCCAAGGUAAAUUCGGAACUACCGGGGCUUCAGGUAAGGAAUCAUAAGCAUUAAAAAUCAUAUUUUCAAAUCAAUCAAAUGAUGAGAUUCGAUGAUGCUUAUUUUUUAUUUUAAUACUGUUCAGAAGAAGAAGUUCAUCCAGCAUAUCGUGAGCUUUCACUAACUGUUCACGAAAAUCUGGUUAAGCCACCUGCUGAGGUAAUGCUUGAAAGUGGGUAGCAAUUUAGGAGAAAUCUUAUUGGGGUAAUUUUUCUAUUUUCUUAUUAACAUGAUGAAAAAAACUUAGCAUAGCUAUUCAUCUUCUGACUGUCGCUGAGAUUUCUCUUCACUUAACUUACUAGAAGAAUCCAGGCACAAGGGCGACCAUUGUCAACAACGUCAUCCACGAUCUUCUUCAAAAUGGGGACGCAGCUGAGAAAUAUAUGCAAGGAUCCAGGAACAUGAAGAUUGACAACUGGCUCCUGCUUGAUAAUCAUGUUCCUUGCUCUAAUGGAUUGGAGGAUGCCCGCAUGAAGGCAAUUAGGAGCCAUUCAAAUCGAUCCAAAAAACAUAUGUCCAUGCGCCAGCACCGUGCGUGUGGAUCCCUUGAAUUACCUCCAAGGUUUUGGAAGUAAGUUUAUUCUCUCCCGUAACUGCUCUAGAUUUCAUCCUUUCUAUUUUAGUUACAGUGGAUGAUCAUUUAAUCUUUCUGUUUUGAUUAAAUGAUCUACUUUUACUUAGUAGCCCUCUUUUUUAUGAUUAGACCAUCCAUAUUAAAUUCGAAUUGCGAUCCUCUGAAUUUCCCCAAAGGUUUUGGGAAGCAUUUCUAUUUUCUUUCUUGAUCGGUCCACUUUUUAUCUGCCCGCAGGUUUGACCUUUUCAAACCGAUGCAUGAAAUGUGGAAAGAAUAUGUUCUGAAGCUUCUCAAGGAACCAAGGUAAGGUCAAUGCUUAACAGCAAUCUCAUACAAUUAACAGUACUAAUUAAUUUUAAACUGACUAUGUGGCUUAUUAGCUUAUCGAUGAUUAUUAUUUAUAUUAACAAUGUUAUUACUUAUUAUUGAAUCAUUAUUUUGGGAAAUGGAUGCUCCAGGAAACACUUGGGCCAAGUCUUCCUCACGGCCGACCUGCAUGGUGCUUUUAUGCAAGGUAAUUCAUCAAAGAUCUAAGGGAGGGAAGGGUUACCCCACCUUGGCGCCCACUCAUUAUGGUAGUUUAUCUGGUAUUUUCUUCAGUUCAUUGACGCAUCGUUUUACGUAGUUGUGGAGUGCAAAGGAUCCAGCUAUGUGGGCGUGAGGGGCAUCAUGAUCAGGGAAACCAGAGAGACCUUCGGGAUAAUCACACCUGACGAUAAAUUUAGAGGUAUUUUUCUUCUGGGACCGCCGAAGAUUUUAUUCUUCAAUCUGUGAGUUUUGUCUUCUAUUUGUGGGCAUGAGGCAGGGAAUGUAACAAGAGAGAGAGAGAGAGAGAGAGAGAGAGAGAGAGAGAGUUUAUGGUGUGUUGGGGGGGUAGAUUUCCUUUCUUUGGAAGAGUUUGUAUUUCCUUUUCUUCUAUUUGUGGGCAUGAAUGCAGAGAGAGAGGGAGAGUUUAAGGUGGGGGGUAGAUUUCCUUUCCUUUGAGAAAGUGGGUUUAAGUCAGGGUUUUUUUCUGAAUGGAGGCUUGGAAUUUCCUGAUGGGGUAAUCUCCCGUUUCUCUGACAGUCGUUCCAAAGAAGUUAUCCGUCUUCCUGCUGCAAGCGGCCGGUUUGAAGGUGACCCUGUUCGGCGACAAGCUCUCUUCGAGGAAUAUCUGUUAG